UGGAACUCACCUUUAGUUGGUAGACGAACAAAAACAACCACCAUGAGAGCGCUCUUGUUUGUUUUGGCGCUCGGAAUUUCUCAGGCGUCUGACGCUCGAGCUCCUGCCCACCUCGGCUUCAGUUCGUCGGUCCGCUCGGUGUGCAAGGCCAUACCGAGCACCCUGUCUCUGUGCCACGGCGUCGGCUACCGGUACAUGAGGCUGCCCAACCUGCUGGGCCACGACACCCUGCGAGAGGCCCAGCAGCAGUCUGCCGCCUGGCUGCCGCUUGUCUCCAAGCUGUGUCACCGGGACACCAAGAAGUUCUUGUGCUCCUUGUUCGCACCGGUUUGCGUUCCAGACUACAGCGGGCCCGUCAGCCCGUGCAGGAGCCUGUGCGAGGCCGUUCGCGACCAUUGCGUCCCCGUCAUGAGCGCCUUCGGCUUCCCCUGGCCUGAAAUGUUCAACUGCAGCCGCUUUCCACGCGGAACCCUACUCUGCAUCCCUCCGAGUGGGGCGGUGGAUGCGCGGCUCGUGGAGGAGAUCACCCACGAGGAGGCGCUCAAAGGAAGUGUCAUUUGUGAUGCCUGCAGUCUGGCAGCUGAGGGAGAAACUGAAAUCAAGGACAACUUUUGUCUAAGUCCAUAUGCAUUCAAGAUGCGUCUGGGCAGUGUGUCAACAGUGGGAGGAGACCUUCAGCUGGUGCCUUUGGCCCGAAGCCGCAUCCUGAGGUGGGCAGGGGGAGGUGCGGAGAGGGCCGGGAUUGGAGGCGCAAUGGCCCACGGUGCUCUGUGGCUGCAGGAAGGCGCCACCUGUGCGUGUCCCGGCUUGGACUCAGCAGACAAAAAUGAUCUUGUUUUCGGUGAGGAGGUCAUGGACAAAAAGGUGAACGGGGUCCUGGAUGGAUGGUAUUUGGCACUAGCUCGAGCUGAAGAGGGAAGGCUGGUGUUGACUCGUCUGGUGCGCUGGACUCGAGGCGACAAAGAUAUGAAGAAGUUCAUCAGGGGACUCCUGAAACAAUCUUGCCCUGAGCUGUAGCUAUUCAGUCUUUAACCAGUUAGUAGCGUUUUUCCAAAGUGUCCUGUUCACAAAAAGUCUCUAAAUAACCAAAUUAAUCACCCAUGCACAGACUUUUAAACAUUUGUGUUCAAGAAGUGUGAAAGGAUACUGUGAGUCUGCAUUCUGACCACUUGCUUUAUGAAUGGUCUCCUAUCUUUUUUUUAAGGUGCUAAGUGGCUUAAGGUCCUGGACAUAUCUUUUUUUUUUUUUAAUGGUGCAAAGGGUUAAUAAUUGACUCAUGUAUGGCGCGCUUGUUUACCUGACAGGUUUUACAAUGUUUUACAUUUCCCACUAAACUUAGGUUUCAAACUCCGUCCUCAAGGGCUGCUUUCCUGCAUGUUUUACAUUUCUCCCUGCUAUAACUCACCUGAUUCAAAUGAUCAGGUCAUCAGCAAGCUCUGCAGGAGCCUGAUAAUGAUCCUAAAUAAGAUGGAAUCACAUGCAGAAAAGCGGCUCUGGAGGACCGGAGUUUGACACCUGUGCACUAAACAUUUGAGCAGUCAUUUUUCAAAUGCCUACAUCUAAAUUGUGUACAUUC